CGCGAAAACUGUCCGCGCCCGGUCAUUAUCAUCAACAGCAGCGGCUUGCACGUGCUUUGUUUGGGACUACCUACACAACGCAUUACAGUUAACCGGCGCUUCCGGGAUCCAUUUUUACAAACAUACUAUCAGGAACACUAGCCAAGCAAUCGAUCGUCGAACGGCAUAUCGGUGCAGACACGCGUGACAGAUCCCUAUAGUUACUUCGUCAGCUCAAAUCUGUGUCCCCUGUGACCUUUGUGUAAAACGCCUUCUAGACUACGAUCACUUAGUGGAAUUUACAGUCAAGCCUAUCUUACUCUGGAAUUAUGCUGCCGCUGAGUAGGCCUUUCUGACAACGAUGACAUCCCAAACUCGGAACUCUUAUCCACAACCACCCGGAGGCUCUGCAGAUUCCACAAAUGAUGGCGAACUUCUUCCCGGUUAUUUUGGUCUUAACUAUGCCCAGCAGGCCGCUCUGCUUUGGGCUAACGCAGCAGCCAUGGCGGCUGCCGCAUCGUCUUCCAAUUCAUCCAGCGGUUUGUCCCCUCAGGAGGGUACGACGAGUCAGAGGAAUCCCAAAUCCAGCUCGUCUACCUCAAUGAAUACUUUUGAGACCAAACAGCCCAAGUCAAAUCUGAAGAACGCAUCCAACAAGGAAUAUCACACGGACAACACUUCGACUUCUGCUGCCUAUGGGCCUGCAACAUCUGGCCACGUUGAUCCCACUACCAUGAUGUUUGCGGGUCGCUUCACCUCUCCGUCAGUUGAAAACCGCAUGAAGGAGAGCAGCCUCAGUUUGUCUACUGCAAACAAUUCUGACACACAAUGCUUCGCUAAGCAGUCCAAUGCUAAGAGUGAUCCCAGGAAUACAGACUCUUCAAAGAGGCCGGAAGACACUGACAGCAGUGGAUGUUUGAAUCCCGAGACUAUUCUGGCCAAUCAAAUGCUCCAGUCCUUAGCCGGCGCACAAAUAUCUUACCAGCGCCAGGUGAAACAACAACAGCAACAUCAACAACAAGCUUCAAUGGCACUUGCUGCAGCACUUUCCCGAGAAGCAAGCUUAUCCGGAUUUCCGCCGGGUUAUCUUGAAAGUUUUUUGACAUCAACAUCUGCUCGUGCAGGUGGUGCGUUGGAUAGCACCAGUCGUGCUGAUUCUGCAGGUGCUGCAACCAAUCUGGCGUAUGUACGAGCAAUGAUGAUGGCCAUAGCUGCUGCAUGCGGUGGAAUGAAGAACGCCUCGGGAAGCAGCCUUGCAGGCCAAUCAAAUCUACCAGCCGUCCCAUUACCUCCGAUCCUGUCCGGUGGCAUGAAUUAUGAGCUACCAACUUUCGGAUCGUUUGGUUCCAGCGGUAACGGGCCACAUCAAUCCACGUCCGUUUCGUCACCAUCUUGUGCGGGACCGACUGAGUCAUUUAAUGAUGUCCUGACAUUCUUGAGUCAGUGCCUGAACACACCAAAGCCUUCACCAGACCGCACACCGAAUCACUUAAGAACACCACUCGACCCCAAACAGCAUAGUAUGUCAACGUCAAGUCCCAUCGCAAGACGCUCUGGUCGUGCCGGGUCGAACUCACGCACAAGAGGAGGCAGUUUUAGUGGGUCAGCUCAAAGCGCAACCUGGGAGCAGCCCGUACCUCCUAGCCCCACACGUCACCGAGGUCGUGGGAGACCUCCAAAGUCAGCCGCCGGUUCGAUGCAUUAUCAGAACAGCCACAAACAAUCUUCUCACAUGACAACCAGUUGCGCAUCGUUUAAUUCCCAGGAUGAACACGAAUCAUACAAACCAAGUUCGUCCGAAACGACAACCAGUGUCUACGGACGUCGUCCUUCGAGUACAACAAGCGCAAACGAAUGCAGCGUGGAUGAUACGAUUGACGAAGUACUUAGAUACCUGGCUGCUUGCGAUCACGAUCCAGCCAUCGUCGCUAAUCGUUAUGCUUCCAGUGCACUUGGUAUUGCCUUGAAUCGUAAGCGACGCAAAGAGCCAGGCACUUCAACUGCAACCUCUUCCGCUCUCGUCGGUCUGCCUUUAUCCAAUACUAGAUAUCGCGGGGAACCCGGUGAAUUAUACAUGCACUCAGGGAACAAACGGAUUCGCACAAGCACUUCCGCGGAUUCCAACCUACGGCGUCCACUUGCAUUAGGAUGGCGUCGCGAGACCCUGGUUAAGGGUAUUGGUCCUGGUGGUAUUCUGGGGGAAGUCAUCUAUGUGACACCCUGUGGCCGACGCCUUUGGAAUCUGGACAGCAUACGUGAGUACUUGAAGAGCGACAACGGGACUAAGCUAUCCGUCGAUGACUUCAGUUUCAAGAGUUAUUUACGUCUUGGGGACUAUUAUGAGUGCAACCGAAGUGGACAAGCACCGCAGAGCUACGUUAAAAUGUCCGACGCCGCUUUGGACGCCCUCAUGACAACCGCCGGAAUCGCUGAAAUGACGGAUUCCAAGAAUACUCCCGGCAAUUCAUGUUGGCCGGCAAUAUCUCAGGCAGAGAACCUUGAAGCUACCCAACACAUUCCUGGUGAUCUGUGUCCAUCAAGCAACGUCUGCACAUCCAACCAGCCUAUCCUCCCGCCUGCGGCCCAUAUGAACUCCACAGUUGCAUCUAAAUCAAUAUAUAAUUUUCCCUCCAACUUGUAUGAUCCAGCCAACUCUGAUUUGAACUAUACCGCCUACCUCGGUUCAAGCUUGACUGGAGAUUCCUUGUCCGUCCCACCAGUAGCACACUCAGCAAGCCAGAGUAUGGCUAUUAGUCCCGCCGCCAUACCAUUCCUGGAUCCCUACAGCUCCCAUUCGGGUCUCAAUAACUUCAGUUCUCCGCUGAAUCAUCCACUUGUAUCGGGAUCAACGUCUACCGUGAACAAUCCCUGGUCCCCAAUAAAUCGACCGAUGGGCUUUUUACCAUUGAAUACUUGCAUGCCCGGUGUGCCUAGUCUAACCGGUUUAGACCCUACAAUGGAACGGGAUUGUAUGAAACAAUUUUUUGUUCAACUGGCUGAAGAACAACUCCGACUGAACAAGGAGAAAAAGGCACACAGGCAGAAGGUGCUUCUCGAACAGCGGGAACAGCUGCUGGCACUGAAAGUCAAUGAGCGCAUGGAGUAUGAACUCAAAAAACCAGUUGAAGAUCUCCGACUCCUGAAUUUGAAGCCCCUCCCGAAACUCGAUCCAAUCGAAGGUAACCGACUUUCUAGCCAGGCAUUUUCUGAUUGCUUGCUGGUUGUGGAAUUCCUGCACGCUUUCACGGAAAUUCUUUGUGUCGAUUCUGAGACAAUUCCAACAAUGGGAAUGUUGCAGGCCGCCCUAAUCGACAGAGAUCCGGCUUGUCAACAAGCGGUGCUGCAUCUACUAAUUGAACUGCUGAAGUUCGCUAUUUUGGAUCCUGGACUACCUAGCUCGCGUUUGGUCACACAGCUAUUGGGUCAGCGGUUUAGUGAGUUGGAGGUAAACCCGAGUACUGUUACCGGAUUGCUUCGUGUGUUCCUAAUUGGGCGCAAUGGCUACGAGGACGAUAUGUCAGAUUGGCUUCGACCACCUUGCCACUUUACAGAACUUUCCAGUGACCAGCAGAGUGCCUUGUUGGCAUUUGUUUGCGAUGAACUAGUCUGCUCCAGCCGACUGAUAUCAACCGAAGUAGAUCGUACAAUCGAACUUCAGGCUGCCCUCAGGCGGGAAAAAUGGGUUUUGGAGUCGAAGAUUCGCAGAUUGCGCUUCGUUAUGGCAAGGAAAUUCGGAGUUACCGGGACAACUGACACCACACCAGUUGACCAGCUUUUGCAUAAUACAAGUUCCGUUAGGGGAUCUGCUGCUCGAAAUUCUGCAGUGGAUAGCUCAAACGAACCGUGCGGUGUUGAGAUCGCACCAGCCGAAGCAACCCGGUCCCCAGGAACUGCCGGAGAUAAAAAAGAAUCUGAACGUAUGGAUAGUUCAUCGCGAUCUACCGAAAAAGACAAGCUUGAAAGUAUCAAGACAGAUGAAAGCAAACCGAUUUUCUACUUUGAAGACAUUUCAGAAACUUCAGCCACUGGAGCUCAUGAAUUCUGUGAGAAAACUGCUAACGCAUCUGCUAGCACCGGUGGUGAAGCUGCUCCGAACGCAUCAGCCACGGCAGCUGCAGCCGUUUCGGCUGCGGCCAUCAUGAAUGCCUUCCUAGUUAAGGACGAAGAGGAUGUAGAAGAUGUGAAUGAACUUGAAGCAAAGAUUGAGACUUUGGUUCGCGUCGUUGAGCACAAACAGCGGGCAAUCGAAGAAUGCUCUUUUCGCCUAUCUGGUCUCUACUUAGGACAAGACAGAUUCUUUCGAAGGUAUUAUGUCUUGGGACACUCAGGAGGCAUAUAUGUUCAAGGUAACGCCGAUGCACCGAAUGAACCACUCAGCUGUGAAGAUAAAGUGAACUCAGAUGUGAAAGCAGAUGAGAGUGAUUUUGCGGGCGAAGUGGAUUUACGUUUCGGCUUUGACCCAGAUCAGCUAGUGGCGGAAAUUCAUGCACGUCGACGACUGGCCGAAAAACGUCGGUAUACAAUUGUGAUACCGAAUGGACAUGGUAUAGCACAUCCUCACCACCAUUCAAAUAACCAAGGCUCCAGUUCACAUGUUCAUCAAUCCAUGAAUGAAGAAAUCACCUCCAAUUCAGAAAUUCAUGAAUGCUGCGAAACUCAAGAAGAGAAAAUUAGUGGAGAACUUCUCGAAGCAGCAGAACUCACGACCGCUAUACCUCUAGCGGUCCACGAUGAGAUUCUGAAUGACGGUCAUUUCCAGGCGAAUCAAUCGAGUUCCCACUUUGUAGCAUCGAGCAGCAACAAACAGUCUGAAAACGAUAGUGGAAUAAUACAUAAGAAAGGUAAUUUUGCAAAACCUGACACCCUAACAACCUUUACCAGUGAUGAGGAAUGUAGACGCAGAGCCCAAACUCAGACAUCCUGCGAAUCUACACAGCUGAAUGGAGAUUGCAUAGAAAACGAGAUAAAAACUGAGAAAGAAGACGAUGUGUUUUGUGAACCACAAGAACCCACUGAAAAUGAUCUGUUACACCCGAAACCUAGUCCUUCAUGUGGUCUUGAGGAGAUGAAAUCAUUUGCUGAAGAAUUAUCAGAGAACUUCAAAAAGGACAGUGAAGAAUAUCCCACCAGUUCACCAAAGGAGCUCCUCAUUGAUAAGAUGGAAGUCGAAAUUCAGGCUGCGGAAAAUGAGUGUAAAAGACAGGAUACCAAGACUGAGGCAGUACGUAACGAAAUCAAAGGGUUUUUUGCGGACACUUCUGAAGAGGCCAAAGAGCAAAUCGUGGCCAAAACCGACCCGGACGGUUCUCUACAUGAGCCACUGGCUCAAGAAUACAGUGAACAGUCUCUUGCCGAGUUACACACAACAGACAAUCUUGACUGUGCCUCUGAUACUCAGGCAAAAUCAGCAUCCGGGGAGUUUGAGAAAACCCCACACCAACCAUUUUCAGAAGCCAAGGAAUCCUGUGAAAACUUCUCAGGUCCAAACGGAGUACCUAAAAACUCGGAAGCAACAGUAGAAACAGAGAAUACUUGUGAAAACCCAGCUUCGGUUCAACCUCUGGAUCUUUCAACAAAGUCAACCACUUGCUUACCAUGUACCAAAUCGUCAAAAGACACUGGUUUUGUUCCAGAGAGUGGUACUCUAGAAAAUAUUUAUGAAAUGAUGACAAGCCUUGGGUUGGAUGACGUUGUGCUUACAACGGCCGCUUUAUUAUUCAUGACCCAUUCUUCCAUUAUUCCAGCCUCGGUUGCCUGUAACGAAACACUAUACGAGCCGUGGAAAUCUAUCAUAGCUCACUAUAAAUCCAUUCUAAUUUGGGCACUAAUGGAAGAAAUAAGAGCUAACCCUACAACUGAAGACGAAGCGGCAUCUUCAGUUCCCGAACGAAUGCUUUCUACGCAUAAUGAAUCAGCACCACCACCGUCACUAAGAGAUGCAGUUUUGGUACUUAAAAAGUCUUUUGUGGAUAACGCUAGUUCACUAAAAUUUACCGAUAUGAUAGACACUACAAGAUCUCAUCAGCACUAUCAUCGAGAACAGCGGCCAUCCAAAGUAUCGUCUGCAGAUGAUGAUGCGGAUCUAGUCAUAGCGAUAUCCGAUUCCGAGGUUGAACAGGUGACAGAUCAGGGUUUAUUGACCCGUAACAUUCAGUUAACCUCAAGUAGUGGCGUCGAACGGAACAAAGCGAAGUCUACGCAGUGGUGUCGACUCACCAGUCCCAGUAAGCUAAGAACAAUGAUUCAAGCUCUGGCUCCACGCGGUGUUCGAGAACGUAAUCUAGCCAAAGGUAUCCGACAAAGUGAAGAAGUGGUCGAGCCAUCUCUUCAAAUUGCUGCUAAUCUCAAUGAUGAACUUAACUACACAAAGAAUGGUCCAGAAGUUGAACUGGAACCACGCUUUCUUCGUGUGCGAUCACGUCGAGGUAAGGGACGAGGCAGUACUGGAACCAACGCGCAGUUCUCGACCAGUUCAAGUUUUGCGGGCUUGAAUGCAAUCAAUUCAUCUCGGCUGGGCCUAAAUCCAGCACACUCAGAAACAUCUUUUCUGACACCAAUCUCUCACUCCAGCUGUUGUUCAUCACAAGAACAGGGAAUCGAUCCAACUUCACCUGCUCUAGUUACCGAUCCUUCUGACUCUGCGGAGGCAUCGAUACAAAGCUCAGGUAUAAUUGAUCAAUCUGGUAGUUUAUCCUCUUCGUCCAUCAUAUUAGAACACAGAUUAAGACGUCGUGUCAGCCGGAAAACAACUCCCUCCAGUGACUCGGCCGGAUCACUGUUGAAGUCUGUUGUGGCUCGUUUGGAAAAGCGUCCAGGAGUUCAUGGUUUGAAGACAACGGAUGCACAAGCAAACGGACGGAGUCUGGUUGAACUCAUCGGCAGUGAUGACCCCAACUUCGUGGAAGAAUGCUGUUUCUUAGAAGAAAUCGAAUCACUCGAAGACCGGGUUUUGGCUGCCAGUUUACAGGUGAAAGGAUGGCAGGCACCCGUCAAAGUGCUGGAUGAUGAGAUGGUACACUUAAUACCGCGGUCGACUCCAAAGCGUUCUCGAUUUGAGCAGUGGCCAUUGGAUCUUGCCAAAAAUCGUUUGUUGACUCUGGAGCACCAUCUAGAACGUCGUUAUCUCCUGCCACCUUUGAACUCAGAAGUUCAUCUUGACAUUGUACCUGAAUCUGACUCUAACUUACCUAGCGACUUGCACCGGAGUUUCAACGACACAGCAGAUCCAGAGACGGGAAGUGAAAGUGGCUUUGGUGGAGGACCUGGGAGUGAAAGUACUACAAACAGUCUAAAAGAUUGCGACUCUGCCGGAGCAACUGGUAAUCUACCUCAGAUUCGUCGUGUUGUGGGCAAGCAAGCAAGUGGUAGUGAAGGUAUCGGAGCCGCUAGUACAGUACACUCCACACAAUGUCUGCCCUACUCUCAUCCAUCAGAUAUCCAAGAUUCUACAAACUUUCUACUGGGAGCCAUUCCAAGUGAGACACCACCCCCAGGUCUCGUCGAAUGGCGUCUCAAACUGCAUCGUGCCACGGAAAUCGAAGCCAUGCGCGAGUGCAUGAACCAACUGAUUAACGCAAUUGCUUGGGAGAAAUCAAUAAUGAAAGUGCUUUGUCAGAUCUGUCGUAAGGAUAGCAACGAGGCGCAGCUUCUUCUGUGUGAUGGUUGCGAUCACGGUUAUCACACCUAUUGCUUCCGUCCGCCUCUGGUUGAUAUACCCCCAGGAGACUGGUUUUGCUACGACUGCGUUUCGAAGGCAACUGGGAGACAAGUGUGCUUUGUAUGCGGUGGUUGCGUCGGCAAACCUGUGGGCUCUGUAGCAGUACUUAGCUCCUGUCCGGAGUUAAUGUCACGGCUGCUUGUUUGUGAGCAAUGCUCAAGGACCGUACACCCAUGCUGUUCACGACCACCGAUGACCCGUCCACCACGUCGAUGGGUGUGUGCGAACUGUACCUCACAUCAUGGUCCGCUUUCUAGUCAAAAGGUGAACAAAAAUUCGACCAACACGAAUAACUGCCUACCAGAUGCAGAUAUUUCGAGUGCAUCUUGUUCGAGUCCAGUCAACAGAGCAGCUAAGAAUCCGGACCUGGGGUCUAGCAGCAAUUCUGCGGAAGCCAUUUCGCUAUCGACCAAGAACAAGAAGGGGAACCUAAAUUCACUCAAAACAGUUAAACCAAUCAGCGAAAGCGGUGCGACCAAAUCAGAUGCAUGUUCAUCGGCCUUUGCCAAGCGUUUGAAGAGCACAAAUACAGCUCGUAGCAGUGGAUUCGUAACAAAGUUGAAACAACAGUGUAAAAAUCGCGUUCGUCUAAAUGGCGUCCGAUGCAAGGAAGAUUCAAAACUUGCGGUAUCCAAACGUGAUUAUCGUCGCGAGUACAAUCGCAGGAAACAGCGCGGACGAGUUCGCCCAGCUGUUGUUGGCACAACCACAAGUACUACUAUGGAUUGUGGGAACGCUCAUUCAGUCGGCGAAGAGUUGUCAGUUGACUCAAGUUCUCAUCAGUCUGGACGAGAUUCUCUUGGUGGCUCCGAAUACGUUUUCGGGCAAGAAGACGAGACUCCUCGGAAACUUUUGAGUCCGACAGAACUUGCAUGGUGCAGAAUGGUUACAAAAGACCUUAUUAAUCACCAGGCGUCCUGGGCCUUCCGAAAGCCAGUCAAUUUGAAGCAAGUUCCCUUUUACCGAAAAAUUAUCAAGUAUCCAAUGGAUUUAUCCACCAUCUACAAGAAAACACGUCAGGCAUGUGCCUAUUCAACAGUCGACGAAUGGCGUCGUGACGUUCGGCUGAUUUUCGACAACUGUGAAAUAUUCAAUGAAGACGACUCGGAAGUUGGUCGCGCUGGGCAUACCAUGAGAGCCUACUUCGAGUCACGUUGGUGCCAACCAUCCAACCAACCGUGUUCUUCAGUCGCAGUCGCACAACUGGUGAAGUCCGGUCUAUCAGCCACUGCACAACCGACAGAUGUACACAUCCAAACGACCAGGCCGAAUUCCCCGUCGGACAUCAUUCUAGCACGUCUAAAGGAAAGUGUUAAUUCUGGUUCCAACUGUGUUGACCAAGUCACAGAUGCUCCCGAUGUUAAAGCACCACAGUGUCAAAUGGAUACUUCACAAACCCAGUCAAGCAAUACCUCAGAUCCCCACUACAAUGAUUCGCUUCCUCAAUUACCCAGCCCAGCGCACUCGGAUUAUUCAGAUGGGCGUUCUUCUGGGUUUUCUGGAUUUGAACAAAACGAGUGUAUGAUGGGCUUACAGUUAGACGACCUCAAUUCACCUGUGUUGACAUCCAUUGACCCAGAGGCAGCCCCAGUACCACGUACUCUGUGUGAUCGCGAGUCAGCCUACCCGACUUUGCCUUCGGAAGUUUGCCUUCCAACCACGACCGUGUCGUCUCCGUUGUAAAUCUGGUCAGCACAUCUUCCAUCACUCUGUAGAUAAUCCCGUUUUGUGUUCGUUUUUUGUACCCCAACCGAACUGCAAACCAUAGCAACCCAUCUAAACAAAUUUCAUUCACCUUGGAACUUCAGCUACAACUGCUAACGAAGUUUUUCGGUUAAAGUGGGACAGUUUUUAAUCAGAGACUCACUUCAUAGGUCAAAACUAGUUCAUCCACAAGCAUUGAUACAAGUCUAAUCAAAUCUAAACGAUCACAAGGAGGCAUUUUAUCAUGGUUAAAAGAUUCUAGUUAUCUGUCCUUAACUCCACCGAAAUGUACCAUGUGGUCCAGACACCCAUUUUUGAUGUGCACAAAACCAUGGUGACUGGGUUCACUCAAGCAAACAAACGUCAAUCGAAACAACUUAGCGAUCCCACAUUUUCUCCCAGGGUCCCAAAGGCUUUAUUUCAGUACCCAAUAGGAUGUCCAUGUACAAGCUCCAAGUGUGUCUGCAAGCAAAUUGCCGACUUCGUAUUCAGCAAUAGAGCUGGAAGAUGAUACUUUCUGUGGUGCAAUCUCCAAACGGUUUCUACCUUCGGCCCUGUUUUUAACGGCAUUUCUCUCCUGGUUGCUUACAUUGCACGUAAAAUUGGAGAUGGAAGGUGUGAACGCAGUGAUCCUGAUGACCGAGCAAGGCAAUCAUACAAGGUAUUCCUACAGUGGUCUAUAACUUUUUUCUUGGCUCCUUUUCUCGCUCGGUGUACUUCGUUCCUGGGUGAAAGACGAGCUCUUAAUUGACUCAUUUUGUACAUAUUUGUCCUUGCAUUUCUCAUAGCGAACUGCUAAACUGUCAAAGAAAAGACACUUUUGUUUCAUACUUC